AUGAAUUUCGACGGUAAAGAUAUUGCUAGAGAGAAAGAACACGAUGCCAAUGACACCGAUGAAGACAACAACGUCGACGUCGACGACGAGCACGACGACGACGAUGACGACAACGAUGUUGGUAAAGACGACGAAGACGGCGAAGACGACAAUGAUAACGACGUCAAUGAUGACGUUAAUGAUAAUGACGAUAAUGACAACAUCCUUGCUGGUAGCAACGACCAACCUGAAUAUUUCGAGGUUAACUUUGUUAACGAUAACUAUGGACAACAACACGAAAACGUUAACAGCAAUGUUGAUAGCAAAGGGCGCGUUGAAAAUAAUGCUGACGAGCAAGACCAUCAGNCUAUGGACAACAACACGAAGACGUUAACAGCAAUGUUGAUAGCAAAGGGAGCGUUGAAAAUAAUGCUGACCAGUACGACUACCAUGACGAAAUUUUUUUGGAAAAAAAUGAUAGUGACGCGAGACGAAGGGAAGUCGUGCGCACCUGUGCUGUUGAAACGCAAAUUUAACAGCGACGGCUACUCCGCACCCUACGGCUACAUAGCAUCACACGAAUAG